AAACGUGUUGUUGGCUGUACGUGUCGAAGACUGAAAACUGCGUGGUUCUACACACUUUCAUUCGGUUUCGGGGUGUCCAGAGUUGCAGGGGGAAAAAAACGGAGUCAUGGCAGUCGACGGAUGCGGUCAGCUGUGCAAAUGCAUUCUCAUCCUCUUCAACAUUCUCUUCGCUAUUUUGGGAUUCGCCAUGAUGGGCCUGGGUCUUUGGUUACGUUUCAGCUCUGAGACAAGGGGCUUCUUCGACAUCGACCUCAACACACAGGCCUUCACCAUAGGCGUGAUAGUAUUGAUUGUGGUUGGUGCAGUGAUGUUGGUCGUGUCUGCAUUUGGUGACCAUGGAGCAUGCAACGAGAACAAAACUGCACUGGGAAUUUUCAGUUUCCUGCUGACAAUAAUGGCUUGUAUCGAGAUUGCAGCUGGAAUCUUGGCCUUCACGUAUAGCGAUAAGGUGUCAGAGGAACUGCAGAAAUUCUACACUACAAUCUACGCUCAGUAUCUGAACCAAAGACAACCAAGCCAGGCAGUUGUUCUCAAAAUCUUCCAUAACGCUCUGGACUGUUGCGGUCUUGGUGGAGCCAUAGAGAUUGCGGUCCGCGACACCUGCCCUGACGUCGGCUUCUUAAAGAGCCUCACUUAUUCCAGCUGCCCUGUGGUGAUUGGAGACCUGUUCCAGGAGAAAGCUCCUCUGGUGAUGGGUUUUUUUCUUGGCACUGCAGGUUGCAUGUUUUUGGCGUUGGUGUGCUGCGGAAUCCUUUGCAAUAGCAUAAAGAACAGCAGGAUGGCGACCAUGUACACCCACGCCGUGUACUGAGCGGAACAGCGGUGGAAAUCCGGCGAAACCCCGAAGCCCGCGGCCCGUUUUUUUUUUUUUGUCCCCAGCGGACAGUGAAGACCGAAGGAGGAACUCCGUAAAUCUCCACCACAACCACCCGUUCAAAAUUUCAAAGCCAAACUGGCGCAAAGCACUGCAUCAAUGUGUUAGCUAUUGCCAUUAAAUCCAUCCCCUUUGGAAGACCACAGCUCUUACGUUUGGCCCACUAAAAAAAAAAAAAAAAGGGGGCCCAUAAUUCCAGGGUCUUUCCCUCUCAAUUCAUUCAAUCCCUACAACCACCCAUUAAGGCUGUGUUUGAUGCUUAGUAUAAUUUUGUUGUGUCGAUGUGAACACUGUCCCCAUAACUGAGGGGACACAAGCCUACAUUUUUAUUAUUAUUAUUAUUAUCAUCAUCAUCCAGAAGACUUAAUAGAGUAGCAUUAAACCCAUUAUAGUUUUCUUACACCAUAGAUCUCUGAUAAACAACAGACUGGACAUUCACUGUUACAUUGUAGUAACAAUAUAACACCGUGGUUACGUACAUUCUCUCACAUAACUAAAGCAUGACGGAACUAAUCACUUUUUUAAAGUGUUGUAACUGCGUGACACUUGUAACUGCGUGAAUCCGCCUCUAGACGACGCAUCUUGAAGCAUUACUGCAUGCGUACUUGUGCCUGUAUUAGCUGCCAAAUGGAUGGAGAUGCACAUGUUGCCUAGACUGGCAGACAGACAUUCAGUAGAAGCUUGAUGGCACUCUUUACUAUUGUAAUGUUUUGAUUUAAUGCACGCUUCAU